UAUUGUUGUGGAUGCGGAAGAAUAGACCAAUAAUUAUCAUGUUAAGUCCAGUGGUGUCCUUGGACUUUAAAUGUACAUUCCCUAUUGGCUAUUAUUUAAUUCAUUCGUUACAUAUUGCGUAAAUGUUGUUUACUAUUUUUAUGGUACGAUGUGGUAUGCUUGAUUGGUAUAUAAACAAAGUAUGUUUGAAAUAUAAUGAUUCAUAUCUCCGAGGCUGUGACUUUUGUUCUCCACUCAACUGGGCUAGGACAGACAGCGGGGCAGGGCCAAUCAGGGCACUAGGUCGUCCUUACGUGUUUUACGCGUCACUGUAACCGAUCGAUAUAAACGCUGCGUAUCAAAACCUGCAGUCUCACAACUUAAAUUCAUAACAAUUGGCGACGGGGUGGAGAAAAAUUUUGAACCUUGUAAUUGGACGAGAUUCAGGUUAAUUGUUUCGACCAAUCAGCAUCCAGAUUGUCACCAGCGUCCUUGAGCAACAUUGGUCAUUAUUCCUACAGUUAAUUUUCAUUGCAGGUGCUGAAAAAAAAAUGACUACCUUUUCCGAUCGAUUACAGCUUCUACUUGAGCAACAACAGCAGUGCUUCAAAAAUAGCCAGUUAAAUUUUUUAGAAAAUUUACGCACACUGUUGGUAAAUGUUCCAUGUUUCGGAGGUGCAACAGAAGUUGGUAAAUUCAUUUCUCAUCUGCAGACUGAGCUGGAAAACAACUGCAGAACAUAUGAAGCUGUUUAUAAAAGCCUCUGUGAAUCCCGGACGACCAGUGAUGUAAACGAGACAGUUAUUCAUGGUCCGCCCAGUUGUCCAGAAAUGUCAAAUUCCGAAACGUUCCCUGUCGUGGGUUCAAAUCCCACUGUUCCUGAAACGUGUACAGACAGUGAUGUACCCAGCUCACAGGAGGAUCUCUUAUUAAAUGCUCAUAAAUUAAUUGCAGUACCCGCCCACAACGGAACAGGGAACAAAUCGUGCGGUACACUGAAUCCAGCUGUUUCAAAUGGUCCUCAUCAUUCAACAACAGGAGAUUCUGACGAAUCUUAUUAUCUAGAUCUUUUUGUACCAGAAAAUGUGUUAAAUGCAUUAAAUGAUGAUCAGAAAUCUAAUACAAUUUUGAUAGAUGUUGAUUAUCGCAGUGAUCAACUGUUUACAAAUGAGAUUUUCAACAAAUCCCGUGACAAUGUUCCAGAAGAAUCAAACGUUGGUGACCUCAUAUCAAGCGACAUUGUUCCCCACUAUUUAAUCACUUUCAGUGACUCCCCUGUUCAAUCUGACAAUUAUGUGUUAAAUAAAGUCAAAUUAAUUCUAACUUGGGAAUAUGAGGACCCAACAUUAUUUCGUGGGGGAGGAUGAACCCAGAAAAUUUCAAAAUCCGGAUAUCAACUCCGGAUCUUCAAAAAAAAGGGGAGGUGUUGUGGAUGCGGAAGAAUAGACCAAUAAUUAUCAUGUUAAGUCCAGUGGUGUCCUUGGACUUUAAAUGUACAUUCCCUAUUGGCUAUUAUUUAAUUCAUUCGUUACAUAUUGCGUAAAUGUUGUUUACUAUUUUUAUGGUACGAUGUGGUAUGCUUGAUUGGUAUAUAAACAAAGUAUGUUUGAAAUAUAAUGAUUCAUAUCUCAGAGGUUGUGACUUGUGUUCUGGACUCAACUAACUGGGCUAGAC